UUCAUCAAAACUAGCGUUGUCGAAUAUCCGGAUACUCGGAAAUUCGGAUUUCUCCAAAAUCAUCAUCCGGAUAUCCGGAUGCAUCCGGAUUGUCGCCAUCAUUCCGAGUUUUCUCUUGCGAUGAAGUGAUAAGCGAUUUUUAAAUUUUGAAAAAAUUCAUUCUGUGGAUUUUUCACAACCUUAUCUUUUGUAUUUGGCAUAUCCGAGUGCAAUCCGGGUAUCCGGAUACACUUUGGAUCCGGAUUAAUAAUUCGUUUGUAUCCGGAUGCAUCCGGAUAUUCGACAUCGCUAAUCAAAACUCACAUUUGCCAAUGGCAAAUGUGAGUUUUGAUUCUAACCCUUGGUUUUGAAAGUGAAUUUCACACCAAAAUGACUUUGAUCCAAAAAAACCGAAUAUGUCACAUUAUAGAGUGUAAAACGGUAUAUCCAAAUCUGCCAUAAAACGGUUUUUUUUUUUUUGGCAAAUGUGAGUUUUGAUUCUCAGCUCCUCAUAUAAAUCACCGUUUGUCUGCCUGGUCUGGACUCCUUGGUAAUUGGUUCAAUUUAUUCUUGCGGCUGAUUGUUUUGAAUUCCCCAUAAUGGGAAUGGGUAAUAGUAACGAUGAUCCUAAUUCGCCAGAGAAACGCCAGACAAAAUCUAAUGCAGAAGAUUCGACAGAAGUGAAAUCGCAGACCUGUUCUAAUAUUAAAGAUUCGCCCGAAGAGAAACGACAGAAGGUUAUAGACGAAGAAGUGAAAGAAUUGGAAGAUUUCGUCGAUAAAAUAACGGACGUGAACGUACUGCGUGAUUUGUACAAAAGAGAUCUGAGAUCCAACAUUCUCAAACGGCUCUUACAAGAAGAAGACAUCGAUGAUAUCAAAACCAAAUUGGAGUCAGUCGAGCGAGAUAAGAAUAUCUUGGAUAGAAUUAGAUUUUGCAACGUAUAUCGGAUGCAAAUCGAUCGGUACGAAAUAAUUUUCGCUAAAGCAGACACUUACCGUCAGCUCGCUGCAUUUGGCAGUUGUCUCGAUCUUCUAAUACCAAUUUAUACUAUAGAAAGAAAAUCGGAAAACAGAAAAGCUAUUGAUACACGUAAACCGAAGAAUUGUAUUUUCCGAGAUGAGUUAACGAGAAUUGAAAAGUGGAGAAUAAUUAUACUGUGGAUUUUCGUUGCGGACGUUGUUAAAUUGAGUGAACCCGACGAAUGUGAUAACUUUGAAGAAGAGCUGAACGCGAUCAGAAAUUUCUUGAAAAACAACGAAGCUCUUGUAAUUCGUGAAUACAAAAAGGUGGCGAAUUCGUCGAUUUUAAAACCAAUCCAAGUGUUGAGAGAAUUCUUCUAUUCUACUAUGAAAAUGGAUUUUAGUAGCGAUAUUUAUCAAACAGUAAUACUGGAAGUGAAGACGAUGGCGAAAAGUGUUCACGAUGGAUACCAAGUUUGCUCUAAAGAGAUAGAAAAAAUCGAGAAUUUUACAGGUACUCCCCAAGAAUACAUCGAGAUUCGUGUGCAAAUGAACCCCUCUGACGUGGACAACGAUAUUCGUGUAGCGCAAUUUAUGGAUAUGAUGGUCGAGAUAGGGAAAUGUUUGGCAACUGCUACUGUGAAGUUCGUUUAAAAUUCGGUGAUAAUGUAAAUUGUUGAUAAUCCUCAACCUGUGAUAUUUUUUCAAUUUAAUCAUUAAUUUUGUCUUUCGUAUCAAUCAGUUCACCACAAAAUGUCGGUAUAUUUUCAUUAAUAAACUUUCAUUUAUUUUUUGGA